ACUCUCAGAAGACACUUUCUCUGGAUCUUCAGUCAUGACUUCCUUAGGGCGCAAGACCAUGAGUCUUCUCAGGCAGCUGUCGAUUAUUUUCUUCUGUUUUGAAGUCACCGUCUACUGUCAGUAUGAAAUGCAUCGGAUGGACGAAGACUACGAUGAAGACGGCGAUGAUGACUAUUCCCCUCCAUUUUACUUCCAUCCCUCCCGGGAUGGUGGGAUUCCCUCCCACCCAGGUCCUCUCAGCUGUGCUUGGGAAUGCUUCUGUCCCCUGACCUUCCCAUCGGCCAUGUACUGUGACAACCGGAAGCUCAAGGCCAUCCCAAAGAUCCCUGCACACGUGCAACAGCUCUACCUUCAGUACAACGACAUAGAGGCCGUGACAGCGCACUCAUUUGCCAACGCGUCUAACUUGAAAGAAAUCAACCUUGGCCACAACAAGAUCAAGUCUCAGCAGAUUGAACACGGUGUGUUUGCCAGACUUCCCAAUCUCUUACAACUGCAUUUGGAUCACAACGACUUGGAAGAUUUUCCGCUCCCUCUUCCUAACUCCUUAGAAAGACUUCUUCUUGGGAACAACGCGAUCUCCAGAGUGGAGGCGUAUGCUAUGGAGGGAUUGAUAAAUCUGACCAUGCUGGACCUCUGCCACAAUCAGCUUCACGACUCUUUAUUAAAAGAAAAACUUUUCCAAACGAGAAAUUUGAUGCAACUCAGUUUAUGCAGCAACAGGUUAGAGUCAAUGCCUCCUGACCUACCUUCAUCACUUAUGCAUCUGUCUCUAGAAAAUAAUUCCAUUUCUCUCAUACCAGACAAUUACUUCAAAAAAUUCCCCAAGCUUCUUGCCCUAAGACUAUCGUACAACAACCUGCAAGAAAUUCCAUAUGACACUUUUAACAUUUCCAGCCUUGUCGAGCUCAAUGUUGGACAUAACAGAUUGAAGCAAGCAUUCUACGUACCCAGAAACUUGGAACAUCUAUACAUGGAAGACAAUGAAUUUGAAUACAUAAAUGUCACCCUGAUGUGUCCAUCCAUUGACCCAAUCCAUUAUCGCCACUUAACCUACAUUCGCCUGGACCAAAAUAGGCUAAAAGAGCCGAUAAGCUCCUACAUAUGCUUCUGCUUCCCUUACAUCCACAGCGUUUAUUAUGGUGAACAAAGAAAACCUGACGGGCAAACGGUGCAGCUGAAGACGCAAGUGUUCCGCAGGUUUCAGGCUGACGAUGAAGAGGAAGAAGAAGAAGAAGGAGAUGGACAAGGACACGAGCCUGAGGGGCAGGAGCAGGGGAGAACAGAGGAGAACUUUGAUCCUUACUUCUACUAAAUUCAAUACCUACAAGAAAAACGUAGCUUUACAUUGUUACUUUAUAGUAACAAGCUUAAUAGCCAUUCCAGAUGCCACUGAGUCCUAAAAAAUAAACAGAA